CUACCGCUAUACCGCAAAAGACGAGCUCUAGUAUCGGGUAUAAAAGCAUCUACUUCGCCGUUCCAGAAGACACAUCACUUCCUCGCUGUAUUGAAAGAGCAUCUUAGCUUCAGUAUGGAAUUCAAAGCCCGAUCUAUUCUUCUGUUAUUGUCUCUUAUAUUAGCAACUACCCUAGCUGAAACCAACCGCGAAAAACGAUCACCCGAUGGACAUGGACACCACGGUCAUCAUGACCACAGUCACGAUCACGGACACGACCACGGGCAUGGCGCCCCAGUUCACAGUCCUGAUGCAGGUGCAGGCUAUGUCAGUCCAGUAGCGAUUCCGUCUUACGAUGCCAAACCAGAACCACAGUAUUACGAACAGCCGUCUGCUCCAUCUUACGAUGCCCCUAAAGGCCCUCCAGAAUACGAAGCCCAAGCCGCGCCUUACUUCAGUCCUUCAGCUUCUUCAUACAGCCCUCCUGCCCCGCAACCUUAUCAGGUUCAUAGUUCACCUUCAUACAAUCCUCCUGCCCCCCAAUAUCCAUCCCCGGCUCCAUCUUACAGCCCCCCAGCUUACAGUGCCCCAGAUCCUUAUUACGAAACCCCUGCUCCGCAGUACACUCCUUCGGCUCCGCAAUACAGUCCGUCUUACGAAGCCCCUCAACAGUCAUACGAAGCCCCUCAACAGUCAUACGAAGCCCCUCAACCAUCGUACGAAGCCCCUCAACAUUCUUACGGAGCCCCUAAAGCCAAGAAACCUAAGGGCAGCUAUGGUGCUCCAAAAGCCACCAAAGCCCCAAAAGCUAAAGCACCCAAGGGUAGCUAUGGUGCUCCAAAGGCCACGAAGAAACCCAAGUCCAGCUAUGGACCUCCACAGAAAGCGUAUGGUGCCCCCCAACAGUCAUAUGCAACCCCAACACCUUCUUACCAAGCUCCUGCUUACCAAGCCCCUACUUAUCAAGCCCCUGCCUACCAGGCUCCUGCCUAUCAAACCCCUGCCUACCAAGCCCCUGCUCCUGCUUAUCAAGCCCCAGCUUAUUCAGCUCCUGCUCCUGUGUACAGCCCACCGGCUUACUCUCCCCCGGUCUAUGGCCGCUAACUAUUUCGUGAUUUCGCUGGCUGAUUCACGUGUUUAUUGUCUCCUUUUGGGCUUCUGCCACUUGAUAGUAUAUUCAUAUCUUUUUCCUCCACUCAGUUAACUGAACGUGCACAUUUUAUAAUUGUUCCGGAUUCUGAAGU